AUGGGUGGUGAGGAUAUUUCUUCACUAGGAAUAACUACACAACUAACCUUGUUGGGUCGUGAUACCGACGAACAAUAUGGAUUUGUCAAUCCGCCACUAUACAAAGGUUCGACCGUCAUACAAAAGACAGUUCACGAACUUGAAAACAAUGGAGGAAGGUAUAUUUACGGAACAAUAGGUACACCCACCAUUGAAAAUCUUGAAAAGGCCUGGACACAGUUAACAGGGGCAUCGGGGACUGUAUUGUCGCCUUCAGGGCUUGGUUCCAUCGCCUUAGUGCUGAUGAGCCUGGUAAGAGCUGGUGAUCACAUACUGAUUUCUGAUAGCGUUUAUCAACCUACCAGAGAGCUGUGCGACGGUUUGCUUGCCAAAUUUAAUGUUGUUACCGAGUAUUACGAUCCGUCGAUUGGCUCUAAUAUUGAAAAAUUGAUAAAAUCUAGCACGUCGGUCAUUUUCCUCGAGAGCCCCGGCUCUCAGACUAUGGAAUUGCAGGAUAUCCCGGCUAUUACCAAAGUAGCUCGAAAGCGGGGUGUGAAAACAGUUCUUGAUAACACUUGGGCAACCCCGUUAUUUUUCAAGGCACAUGCUCAUGGAAUCGACGUUUCAAUUGAAUCAGGCACAAAGUAUCUUGGCGGCCAUUCUGACCUGCUGAUCGGGUUGGCAUCUGCCACCGCUGAAUGUUUUCCUUUACUCCGGGCAACCUACGACGCAAUUUCGAUGGUUCCUAGCGCAGAAGAUUGCUUAGGGGCCCUGAAAGGGUUGCGCACUUUGCACCUUCGGUUAAAGGAAGCUGAAAAGAAGGCAUUAGCUCUGGCAAAAUGGUUGCAGGAGAGACCUGAAGUAUUGAAAGUACUUCAUCCGGCUUUGAAAGAUUGUCCCGGGCAUGACCAUUGGGUAAAAAACUACGAAGGUUCCUCUGGGGUGUUUUCCGUAGUUUUGCAAGAUGGAUAUACCAAAGAGAGCUUUGUACACAUGCUUGAAGGAACAAAAAUAUUUCGGCUAGGUUUCUCAUGGGGCGGUUACGAAUCACUGAUAACCCCCGUAAACCCUGUGGAAUAUAGAAGUGCUACAACUUGGGGUCACAAAGGUUUUACAAUGAGACUGCAAGUUGGACUGGAAGAUCUGAGUGACCUUAAGCGCGAUCUCACUCUAGGGUUUGAGUAUCUUACAGGGCAUUCGAAGCCCCGGCUGUGA